AUGACACUUUCAGGAGGACAAAGUGUCAACUAUACUUAUAAGUAUGAAAGUGGAAAAUAUCAAGCAGGUGUUUAUACAAUGAAGGUGAAAGUACACAGACAUCAUGAAAGGAUGGUUGCUUUUGGAGAAAUGAAAUUUAAUUUAACAAAAAAUAUGGUUGGUGAAAUAAUUGUCCAGCAAGAUGAUUUUGAAGAUAAUGAAGCUUUUGCCGUAAACAAGUUGAUCAACUUCACUGCUGUAAUUUAUGAUCCAAAUGGAUUUUUUUUGGACAGGCGAAGCACUUUUUUAUAUAAUUUUACUACAGCUGGAGACUAUAGAAUCUCAGUGAUGAUUAUUGCAAUAGGUUUAGAUGGUGGUGAAAAUUUUCAAAAUAAAUUUAAGACUAAGUGGGGUCAUUUUACAAAAGAUAUAACUGUUAAGGAACCAAUUUCUAAGAUUAAUGUCAGUGGUAAUACUUGGUUAAAACAUGGAGAUUUAUUAAACAUUAAUGUGUCCUGUGAUGGUAGUGAUCCAUCAUUUGAAUAUUGUUGGGAAAUUGUGCCAUUUAAUGAAUCUAAGGCAAACUUUACAUGCACUGAUCCAAUUGUAACUACAACUUGCAAUUUUAUUAUUGUGAGAUAUUUCCAUGAAGUGGGACUGCAUUAUAUAAAGACUUUUUUCAAAAGUGGAGAGGUGGCAAGUGCUGAUAAAGAGGCUGCGUCUUACUAUCUAGAGAAAUUCAAAGCUAUGAUAGAUGAAGGUAGCUAUACCAGCCAAACCAUAUUCACUGUAGAUGAGACUGGCCUGUUCUGGAAGAAGAUGCCUAAAAGAACUUUUAUUGAGCGUGAAGAGAGAACCUUUCCAGGUUUUAAGGCCGCCAAAGAUCAAAGUGAUGGUUGGCGCAAACACGGCUGGAGGAAACAGUGCCAGGAGCCUGAUGAAAUUGGUGAUGUGAUUGAAGAAGUUGUUGAUCUUGCCAGGCAAAUAAAUUUAGAAGUGGAUAGUGAUGACGUUCAAGAACUGCUGGAUUCCCACAAUCAGGAGCUGACAAUUGAUGAGCUCAUAGAAAUGCGAUAG